AGACCCCGCCCUCGGCGCGCUGGGAGCCGUCCACGGCGGCCGGAGCACGGCCGGUGCUGCAGCGCCGCCGCGAGCGGCCUCGGGAUCGGCGGCCGCAGGAGGGACUCGCAGAGCAGCUUCCCUCGCGGGGCCGCGGCGCGAGCGGGCGAGACCCCGAGCAAACUUUCUAGGGGCUUCGGCCGGGGGUGUGGCUGCGGCAGCGGGCACCGUCCGCUAGCAAAUCCUUCGCCUGGAGCUAGUGCCUUCGGCGGGGAGUGUCUGGAGCCCCGGCUGGGCGCGGAGCUAUCGUCCUCCGCCUCACUCUUCCCACAAAGGAUCUGCUCCGAGACUGGGGGUGUCGACUGCUGCAAGGACCGAGGUGGGACUCGCUGUGCACCCUCUGCAAACGUAGGCUGGGUGCUUCCUGGCGCUGUACUGUAAAUGUGGGAUAGUAACAUCUUUUGGGAGAAGAAAAUUGGCUUGCUUUCCUGAAAGUGGUGAGCAGACCACGGGUACCUGCGUGUGAAGAACAAUAAUCGGGUGGCUACCUUCUACAUCCUGUGCUUGGAAACAGAAGCAGUUGAAGAGUCCAUGUUGAUCUUGGAAACAGCAGGAUUAAAAUACGCUUCUAUAAAAAAACUUUACCAUCUCCUUUUUGAUCUGAAGACUGGGGGACAAUGGAUAUCAUAGAGACAGCAAAACUUGAAGAACAUAUGGAAAAUCAAACCAACGAUCCUACAAACACUUACACAAGACCUGCCGAACCUGUUGAAGAAGAAAGCAAAAAUGGCAACGGUAAACCUAAGAGCUUACCCAAUGGGUUGCGAAAGGGCACCAAAAAGUACCCGGACUAUAUCCAAAUCGCUAUGCCCAAUGAAUCAAGGAACAAAUUUCCCCUCGAGUGGUGGAAAACAGGCAUUGCCUUCGUGUAUGCUCUUUUCAACCUUGUCUUGACAACCGUCAUGAUCACAGUUGUACACGAGAGGGUCCCUCCCAAGGAGCUCAGCCCCCCACUCCCAGACAAGUUUUUUGAUUAUAUUGAUCGGGUGAAAUGGGCAUUUUCUGUAUCAGAAAUAAAUGGGAUUAUAUUAGUUGGAUUAUGGAUCACCCAGUGGCUGUUUCUGAGAUACAAGUCAAUAGUGGGGCGCAGAUUCUUUUUUAUCAUUGGAACUUUAUACCUGUAUCGCUGUAUCACAAUGUAUGUCACUACUCUACCUGUACCUGGAAUGCACUUCCAGUGUGCUCCAAAGCUCAACGGAGACUCUCAGGCGAAAGUACAACGGAUUUUGCGGUUGAUAUCCGGUGGUGGGUUGUCCAUAACUGGAUCGCAUAUCUUGUGCGGAGACUUUCUCUUCAGCGGUCACACAGUUGUGCUGACACUUACUUAUUUGUUCAUCAAAGAAUAUUCGCCCCGUCACUUCUGGUGGUAUCACUUAAUCUGCUGGCUGCUGAGCGCUGCGGGGAUUAUCUGCAUUCUUGUAGCACACGAACACUAUACUGUCGAUGUGAUCGUCGCUUAUUAUAUCACGACACGGCUGUUUUGGUGGUACCAUUCCAUGGCCAAUGAAAAGAACUUGAAGGUCUCUUCACAGACUAAUUUCCUGUCUCGAGCAUGGUGGUUCCCCAUCUUUUAUUUUUUUGAGAAAAACGUACAAGGCUCAAUUCCUUGCUGCUUCUCCUGGCCGCUCUCCUGGCCUCCUGGCUGCUUUAAAUCAUCAUGUAAAAAGUAUUCUCGGGUUCAGAAGAUAGGGGAAGAUAAUGAGAAAUCGACCUGAGGAGCGAAACAGAGGCAUCAGCUCUUAUACUAAAAGAGGUAUCACUGUAACCAAAGGUAUAGUUUUGUUUUUUUUAUUUUAGGGGAACGGACUGGUAAAUGAAGAAGUGGACCAAAUUUUGUGUAAAUGAUUAGAAAGAUGAACAAAUUAUUACCCUUUGACUGGUUUUUAUUCAUCCUAAGAAAGUUAUAUUCUCCUGUGGCUCUUCAUUCGUUGGUGACAAGCCCUCAACCCGGGAUUUUACUGAGCUUGGUAAAGAGGUGCCAAAGAACAUACUACUCCUUUCCUUAGUUUCCGCCCCCCACAAAGCUCUCUACUUGAGAAAUAUUUUUAGGGUUUCUUUUGUUGUUGUUGUUUUUCUUCCAAGGUCAGAAGAAUUUGUUAAUGUUUUAAAUAAACUAUCUGGACAGAUACUGGUACUGUGUAAAUAGAAUAACCUAAUGUUGAGAGUGGAUCUUAGCAUUAGGCUUCUGCAUGAUGGUGAGAUCCAGGGGUUGUGAGUAAACUUUGGGUGAACUUUGUUUCUACCCUCUCACAGGGAAGGUCAGGGUCAGGUCUGGGAAUGUGCGCUGCUGCUACCAUCCAAUGUUCUAUGUAUCACUUUUACUUUAUAUUUUUAAAUUGAUUAUUGAAAAAAAUGAAAGAGAGAUGAUCUAAGUAAAUAUGGAAGUAUUUGACACACCCCUCAAAUUUACACGUGUGUAAUUAUGUCAUUUUAAGAUCUCUGUGACAGGUACACAUGGGGCUGUUUCUGCUAAUGAGUGGUCCUUGGGGGCACACUUACCUGCUGUCUGCCUGGUAAAUUUGCACCUGGUACCCCCGGGCAGUCCAAUGCAUGGGAGCACCGGCUUAAAACACGUGUGUAAACUGAUGCUCAUGCCACGUGGGGAACAAGUCUGCAUCCUCUCCCAGGUCUCGCCUUGUGUGAGAUCUGUUUUAGAGCUGCUAGUUGGAACUCAAAAAUAUAAUUGGUCACGUUUCACUGAAAACCAUUUUUUUCUAGUUACAUUGUGCUUUCUGGGAAAAACCAAAAUGCAGUCCAAAAAUUUAGUGUGUCCUUGCCUUUUAGCAAGAGACCCAGCUUCUUAAAAACGCAGUGUUUAUAAGAAGGACUAAGGAUACAUACCACAAUUGAGUCCUUUUACUUUGACCCUGAAAUUAUACCACAGUGCUGCACUGUAAUUUACCACUGGAAUCGGUAGUGUUAGUUACGGCUACGCAACAAAAGAGGCAGCAUGUCUAAAGUUCUUUUAGGUGAUGCAAAAAAAAGAUGGACUUUAAAAAGAUCUGGUCAGAUUUAAUGCUACCAGAUUUUGUGCAUUGUUUAAUGCAGUUGAAUCUUUUAGAUAAUUCUUGGCUUAAUUUCUUAAGACUUCUACCAUUUCCCCCAAAAUAAGACUGGGUCUUAUAUUAAAGUUUGCUCCAAAAGACGCAUUAGAGCUUAUGUUCAGGGGAUGUCAUCCUGAAAAAUCAUGCUAGGGCCUAUUUUCCGGGUAGGUCUUAUUUUCACAGAAACACGGUAGUAACUUGAGAAAAAGAUUUAAGGUUACAAAAGCAUCAACACUAGGUCAGAGGGCAGAGAGGCCAGUUGGGAUGGAAAGAGGCAGUUACAUUUAUGUAAAAAUUGCCCUCCACUUAGAAUGAAAAACAAAUCCCUAAAUUCAUCAUUAUAAAGUAGUUAUCCUUGAUUUGAUACACAAAAUUGACCUUCAAAUUGCUUGAGAGAAGCACAAUACAAAUUUAAAUCUGUUCAGAAGGGUCAUCAUCCUUUGGUGCUAAAAUUCUGUAUGAGUUUUCAGUAUGGCUCUUUCUCUGUGUCAUAGAAGAAUCAUUAAAGGAAAGGUAGUUGAAUUCAAAGCCAGGAAGAAAGAUUAUCUAAUCUGGGUAUUUAAAACAAGGCAUGAAACCUUAAACCUCCUUGCAAGAAGUUUCUCUGAUAUUUAUUAUUAAACCAAUAAGAAACAUAUCUAUAGCUUACGUAAUGUGUUUAGCCAUAAUUCUACAUAAGUUUCACUGGUUUUCAUUUAUUAAAUAUUGACACUUGUGAUAGAACAAGGUGUUCUGGUUGAAAACAUGAUUUUAAAUGCCUGCUGUCUGACAGUGAGGAAAAGCACCUGACCCUGAAAAUCUGGAUUUUGCUCUCCUAACACUGCUGUACGCCUUGAGUCUCUAAUUUAAAUGAAACAACCUGAUGUACCUUAGAACCUUAUUCAACUGCAUCUUAGAUAACCCACUUUUCUUCUAAUUAAAGAAAGAAACAUUUAAGAUUUUAAAAAUCAUGGUGUAUUGAUUGUUGGAGACCCUUGAAACAGUGACCCUUGCAUUUUAGUCAUGUAACCCAGGUUUUUAAAACAAAACAAACCAAAAAACAUCACCUUUUAAAGAACUUUAAAAACAUCUGUGAUCCCACAUGUGAACACUGCUGCACCCACGUUCUUUACAGCGUGUCAUAGCUCUGUAAUAAACACUGUGGAAGCAUGUGAUGUCAAAAUAAAGGUGAAGGAAGGGAUAUCCGAAUUUCAGAUGGGAAAAUAAGAGAAAUAAUGAAUCUCAUUUACACUUAGGAAAACAAAUUUGAAGUUUAACCCAAUAUGCUACUCUGGAAUAUAAAACAGAAACAAUGACUAGACUUAUUGUGGUCAUUAUUUUGCAGUAUAUAGAAACAGCAAAACAUUAUGUUGUACAUCCAAAACUAAUAUAAUGCUAUAUAUGUCAGUUAUAUCUCAAUUAAAAAUAUUAUGAUCUUGCCCUUGAAACAAAUUUUUGGAGCUUGUUUUCCUUGCUAAUCAAGAUAUACUAUCUUAUCGAUUUUGUAGUUUCUCCUGUAAUUUAGUCCUUCUGUGCAAUAUCUAUGACAUAUGUUCCUAUAAAUUAUGCCACUUUUUUCUAAAUUCUUUGAAAUAGAAAUGAAUUCCUUUUAGAUUCUAUUUUGUGAGCUCCUCCACUAGCUCUUAAAAUAAAGCAUUCUUCCCCAAUUCCACCGGUAAUUUUGAAAUAUUAAAUUUCCUGGCAUUGUGGAAAACAAGUUUUGCUGUGGAAGGAAGGCUGUUUUGAGCGAGGUUGAGUCUAGUCUGGUUCAUGGAUGACGCUGCAUCAGGUUGAUUGCUGUAUACCAGCGCCCCCUUGUGGAAAUAUAUUAUAUGGGUUGGAACACAAACGCCACUUUUUCAAGUGUAUUUUCGUGUUUUUAAAAGACAUGUUUUUAUUAUUUUUGCCAAUAAUCUGAAAGCAUAAUGCAAAAGGAAUUACUUUAAAGGCACUUUAACCCUUUCCCAAAGGGAAAAUGUACUUAGGUUACAGGGAGUUGCAAUUCUAAUCUUUUAUCCAUUUGAUCAAAGAAAAUUUGCAGACCAUUUUUACCUCUCACCAUCACAAUCAUUAAUGUCUCCCUUUAUAUCUACCGAUACUUUGUUUACUUUGAAACACCGUUUGGCUGCCGUUUUAAUUUUUGUUUUUACAUGUUAGAACUCAUGCAGUUUUUUUUUAAUUGAAAGUUCACAUUUUGUUCCUUGAAGAUUCUGAACUUUUUUUAAAUUAUUUUUUUAUUGUUAUUUUUGUUUAGCACUGUAAAACUGAUUGAAAAUUUAAGCUGGUCUUAACACACUUCUGUAGUGUAAGGAAGUAUAAGAAAGAAUUUCUUAAUAAAUGAGUUUACAUGUUUAAAUCAAGCAUAUUAUAAGUAAUAUGCCAUGUGUUGAAGGCCUUUCUGUUUUAUGUAUAAAGAUUCCUGGUAUUUUUUUUAAAAUGUCAUUGUAUUGCAAUAAUUUAACUCUUUUGACUUACUUGCUAAAAAUAUAUCGUCUAUUAAGAAGUGCUCUUGACUUCAGUACCUAAACACUGAAAAUCACGUCAAAGGUAGCCAAAGAUAAGUUUUUAUAUAGAUACGUACCUUAAGUUGUGUUUUAUUUUAUUAUUCAUUAAUCUAACUAUGCUGUGUUCUAAAUGAAUCAUGAAUGAGAGUAGUUCUUUAUUGUGGAAUUAUUUAAAACUGUCCUUUAAAAGAAAAAACUAUACACAUAAGCUAAUCUAGUUGUCAAAUUGGGAUUCAUUGUUUAAUUUACCUCCUAUGCAAUGAUUAAUGCUGCAUAAUGUACGGUUAUGUUACAGUAUAUUCACAAAAGAAAUAUUAUUAUGGAGGUUUGAGAGGUAGCUAAUUGCAUUCUUUCGGAAAUUUACUGUACUGUUUCAGUGUUAAGUGCCUUGUUGUAAAGUAAAAUUUUAAGCCUAGAAGUCAUUAUUUUCCUGACAUAUAUUUUUCAUUAUGAAAUUACUGUAUGUUAUUGUAACAGUUUUAUUAAAUGCUUAUGUUUUAAUCAAAUAUGUAAAUUUCAGAAGCUCUUCUCUUCUACCCACCAGUACCUUAAUCAUUGGUCUAUUAUAUGGGAUUUGAAUUCAGGUUCUUUUUUUGAAAAGAAGAUUUUAUCUUUGUUUAAAAAUGUUUUACUUGCUUGUGCUUUUGUGUUUGUAAAAACAUUUCAGGAGGAAUUUAGGAGUGUAAUGAUAGUUUGUACUUCAAAAUGACGUUUUACAUUUACAUUUUAAGUGCCUAAUUGUUAGUUAAAACUAAUUUAUGUUUCUAUUCUAAAGGGAAUGUGUGUACUUGGUUUCUAAUCUCUUUGGCUUUACUUAAAAAAAAAAAAAAAGAAAAGAAAAGAAAAGAAAAAGCAAGAGCCUAUACUUUGUAUUUACCCAAUAAACCACCGUGACAUAAACAGUCUUUUCAAAA